UUGGCGAAUAUGGCACUUUGUACAAAAAAAUAAUACACUCGUACGGUAAAGCGAUGAAAAUGAUGUAUUAAAUAGUGAUUUUCGCUUCAAAAUGCGCCAUUUAAUUCGUUGAAACUGUGUGUACCGGUUGUUUGUUCACCUCUGAAGAUCGUUCCGAAGUCAAGGAAAAUACUGCACAUCGCAUCGUAUUUGCUUUCAUCAAGAUCUCUUUAUGUUGUGAAACCAUCAUCAAACCAUGUCUUCUGUCCCUCUCGAUCGGGAUAACUUCUUUAGGCGGAUGAAACGCCUAUACACGGCUUGGAAAGAAGGCAAAACUGAAUGUGGAGAACCGUUUCCUAAAGUUGAUUCGAUUUGUGCCCCGGUUGGUAGCGAUGACUACGUUCUAUAUUGUAAAUCGCUUUCGCUCCAGAUAUGGUUACUCGGGUACGAUAUCAACGAUGUUAUUAUGAUAUUCUCCGAGAAUUCCAUUCACUUUUUGGCGAGCAAGAAGAAAAUCGAGUUCUUACGUCAAGUAGAGCAACACAAAAAUAAAAGCUCCAUCCCGCCUAUCAAGUUAUACGUCCGGAAUAAAGAUAGCCCGGAGAAGGAAAACUUCGAUAAACUGAUCGCCGCAUUGACAGCUAGUGGUAAAGGAAAAACAUUAGGUAUAUUUGUCAAAGACAAUUUUCCCGGACCACUAGUCGAAUCAUGGAAGAAAGCUUUAAAGGAACACAGUUUUGAAAACGUUGAUAUUAGUAAUGCUUUGGCCAGCUUAUUGAGCGUCAAGGAGGAAAAUGAGCUAUCUCUUAUUAAAAAAGCAUGCCAGGUCAGUGUCGACGUUUACCAUAAAUACUUGAGAGACCAAAUCAUGGAUAUCAUCGACUCGGAUAAAAAAGUGAAACAUUCGAAAUUAGCCGAUGGAGUCGAGAACGCCAUAACAGAUAAGAAAUACGCGGGCAGCAACGUAGACACGAGCCAGUUGGCCACAUGUUACCCGCCUAUUAUUCAAAGUGGCGGUAACUACAGCUUGAAAUUCUCUGCCCAGAGCGAUCAAAAAAAUCUUCACUUCGGAGUAAUUAUAUGUUCCUUAGGAGCUAGAUACAAAAUGUACUGCUCUAAUAUUAUCAGAACGUUACUGGUGAACCCUAAUGAUUCAGUACAGGAAAACUAUAGCUUCCUGGUGGAUCUCCAAGAACAUCUUAUUUCGGUUUUGAAAUCCGGUAGCAGAUUAUGCGACGUUUAUAAUAGCGGUAUUGAUUUCGCUCGUGAAAAGAAACCCUCGCUGGUUGAACAUUUAACAAAGAAUUUCGGCUUCGUUACUGGUAUCGAAUUCCGUGAAAAUUCUCUCUCUAUUACGUCCAAGACGACAGCAACUGCUAAAAAAUCCCAAGUGUAUAAUUUAUGCGUCGGUUUAUCCAACCUCGUUAACAAAGAUGCUGAUAGUAAAGAGAAUAAAAACUAUUCCCUAUUUAUUGGAGACACUGUCGUCGUAAAUGAGGACGGUCCAGCUACCGUAUUAACUAAUUCCAAAAAACGAAUCAAAAACGUCGGAAUAUUUUUAAAAGAAGAAUCGGAAGAGGACGAAGAAGAAAGUGAAAAAGAAAACGAACCGCAACAGCAACAGAUUCUCGGACGUGGUAAACGAACCGCUGUAUUGGAAUCUAAAUUGAGACAAGAUACUUCCAGUGAAGAAAAAAGAAAACAACACCAGAAAGAAUUGGCGGUUAGAUUAAACGAUCAAGCUCGUCAACGUCUAUCAGAACAGUCCAGUGGAACUCAAUCUGAGAAGGUCAGAAAAUCCAACGUGUCUUAUAAAAAUCACGAACAAAUGCCUGCUGAAAUCGAAGUAAAACAGCUCAAAAUAUUCGUCGACAAGAAAUACGAAACCGUCAUAUUACCUAUUUUCGGUCUACCUGUACCCUUCCAUAUAUCAACGAUAAAGAAUAUCUCUCAGAGCGUCGAAGGUGACUACACCUACUUGCGUAUCAACUUCUUCCAUCCUGGAGCCACGAUGGCCAGAGGAGAAGGAUCACAGUUCUCUCAUCCGGAUGCUACAUUUGCGAAAGAAGUUACUUAUCGUAGUACAAAUUUACGUGAACCUGGCGAAACAACGGCCCCAUCUGCGAACCUGAACAACGCCUUCCGGCUGAUUAAAGAAGUACAAAAGAAAUUCAAAACCAGAGAAGCCGAAGAAAAAGAAAAAGAAGAUUUGGUUAAACAAGAUACUUUGAUUAUUUCAUCGAAUAAAGGAAACCCCAAGUUGAAAGAUUUAUACAUGAGGCCUACUAUUGUGAAUAAAAGAAUGACCGGUUCCUUGGAAGCUCACGUGAAUGGUUUCCGAUACACGUCGGUUCGAGGAGAUAAAGUAGAUAUAUUGUAUAAUAAUAUUAAACACGCGUUUUUCCAACCUUGUGACGGUGAAAUGAUCAUAUUGUUGCAUUUCCAUUUGAAAAAUGCCAUUAUGUUCGGUAAAAAGAAACAUCUCGACGUACAGUUCUAUACCGAAGUAGGAGAAAUAACCACAGAUUUAGGAAAACAUCAGCAUAUGCACGAUCGUGACGAUCUCGCCGCUGAGCAAGCCGAAAGAGAACUUCGUGUAAAGUUGAAAACAGCUUUCAAAAGCUUUACUGAAAAAGUCGAAUCAGCGACCAAACAAGAAAUUGAAUUUGACACUCCAUUCCGAGAACUUGGAUUCCCCGGAGCACCAUACAGAAGUACUGUUUUACUACAGCCGACCAGUGGUUGUCUGGUCAAUUUAACGGAAUGGCCUCCUUUCGUCAUUACCCUAGAGGACGUCGAACUUGUUCAUUUUGAACGUGUACAAUUCCAUUUGAAAAAUUUCGACAUGGUAUUCGUAUUCAAAGAUUAUCAUACGAAAGUCGUAAUGGUGAACGCUAUUCCGAUGAAUAUGCUCGAUCAUGUUAAAGAAUGGUUGAAUCAAUGUGACAUAAGAUACUGGGAAGGUUCGCAGUCAUUGAAUUGGCCCAAGAUUAUGAAAACCAUCAUCGAAGAUCCGGAACAAUUUUUCGAAACUGGAGGAUGGACUUUCUUAGACCCAGAAUCGGAUAACGAAGCAGCAGGCGCCGCUGACGAAUCGAGCGACGAAGACGAAGCCUACGAACCUACCGAUGUGGAAAGCGUCGAUGAUGAAUCAGACGAAGACUCGGAGGAGUAUUCAGAAGCGUCGGAAGAUUCCGACACCGGAGAAGAAGAACUCGACUCGAGCGAAGAAUCCGGCAAAGACUGGUCGGACUUGGAACGUGAAGCAGAGGCAGACGAUCGUCAACGAGUUGGUAACUUCGAAGACGAAUACUCAUCGCGUCCGAAAAGCAGCAAAGGUCAUCAUCGAUCGCCGCCCAAGAAAUCGUCUCGCGAUCACGACAAGCACCAUCAUAAGUCGUCUCAUUCGUCAUCGCAUUCGUCUUCGAAUCAUCGUUCGUCGCAUUCGUCGUCGAAUCAUCAUUCGUCUUCGCGAUCCUCACAUCAUUCUUCGUCUCAUAAAUCCUCAUCGUCGCAUCAUUCGUCGUCGAAAAAGAAGCAUUAACUUAUAUGUGUAACCUUGUACUGCGCUUCGGAGGUUAAAUUAUUAAUUGUAAUUUGUAUUAUUGAUGAUAGUUUUUUUUUUUUUUUUUUUUUUUUUUUUUAAAUAAUUUAUGUUUAAUAAUAAUUUUUUUAAAAAAACAAUGUAGAAGAAAUGUUUUAUCCUACGAAGCGUUUGUUAGUUUUUUUUUUGUCAUUUCAGUGUAACGAAUAACGAAGAAUAUUGCCAGUAUA